AUGCGUCAAAAUCUAAUUGCUUAUACAAUUAGGAAACGUGGAGGCCGACCUAAAAAAAAGGAAAGUGUUAGAAGUAGUUCAGAUGAAAAAAACACAAAAGGCCCUACAAAACAUAGUAAAACAAAAAAGAAUGUUUUAAGCGAAACAAUUUCAAAAGAAGAUGCAAUACAGCCAGAAAGGAUUGAACCAUUAAAGUCUUCAAUGACAACAAGAGAUAUAAUUCCAUCAGCAAGAAAUGAUAUGGAAGAUCCUUCAAUGUGCGAGGAUGCACUUGAGAAAUUUACUCCUCUUAUGAAUUUCACGAUGGACAUCAAUUCUACUUAUACGCAGAAGAUGAUGGACGCUACCGCAAUUGUAGAACCUUUAUCACCAAUAAAAUCAAACGAAACGGAGGAGGUUCAGCAGCUGAAUCAAGCGAUUGGACUCACCGAGUUCGAAGAAUUAUUCGCAGAAGAUGAGCCAUCCCGUGAAAGGGAAAUGUCUAAUAGAAACAUGACGAAACAGGACAUUCAAAAUGAAAUGAAGAAAAAUGUGCCCGUAAGAAGGAGAAUCGAGGCCUUUGAAAAAGAAAAAAUUUCAGAAAAAGCCAUUGUUCAAAAACUGGCACGAAGAUCUGUCGAAAAAGCAAAAAAAAUCUUAUUAGCGAAACAAAAGAAGGAGACUCAGAUGAUGACAUCGCAGCUCCAAACAGCAAGGUCCACUUCUGUUUUGCACAGUAAACCUGACGACGACACAUCGGACGAUGAAGCCAGACCAAGGCGUACAAUUCCACAUUAGGCGCAAUCGUACAUACGCGAAAAUGAACUUGCAAUGCAACGAUAAAUUCCGAAGAAAGCAGUCUAUAAAUUCUUUGAUAGAAGAAUGUGCACACCAGAUUUAACUGAAAUGUUUGAAAAUAUAGAUAGGAGUAGAUUACAACGCACGUCCAGUGCAAUAUGGAAGACACCACCGCGUUAUUCCAUGAUGGAAAACGAAUAGAAGUUAUAAUUUGUUAAACUGAAUGUUGUUGAUUUCAA